AUGAACUUUGGACAUUUGUUCGGAAAAAAAUCUAAAUCUAAAUCAUCAAAACAUUCAAAUGAAAAUGAAAGACACGAAACAAAUGCAAGAAGUUCUAUGCAAACACGAGAAAAGGCAGCUCCUCGCGAACCCAUUCAUUCAGAUGGAGUGUUAAACGUAUGUGCUGUCGAUACAUCAACUGUUCUAUCUGGUGGCCAAGAUAAAACAUUAGUAUUAUACGAUUUUAUUAAUCGGCGUGUUGUCCGUCGAUGGGUUGGUCAUGAACACGAUGUUGUGAAAGUUUUAUAUGGCCGUGUAGUAAAUUUAGUUGUGAGUGCAUCCCGUGAUCGUACAAUUCAAUUUUGGAAUACGAAUUCUGAUUUACCUGUGCAAAAAUUACUUGGUCAUGAACUGGUUGUCACAGCAAUUGAUUUUAAUCCACAAAAUUCCGUUUUGGUUAGUGGCAGUCGAGACAAUAAAGUUAUAUUUUGGGAUGUAAAAACUGCUCAAAUAUUAAAAACAAUUAUGAUUGGACGAAAUUUGAGUACAGACGCUAAAUGGUCUCACGAUGGAACAUUUGUAGCACAAACAGGCGAAGAUAAAGAAACUAAAAUGUAUGAUACUCGAACUAUGACUCAAGUUGUUUCAUUUCCGAAAAAGCAGUAUAUUCAAACAUCAUGUGAUAUAUCAAAUGAUGAUCGUUAUCUAGUGAGUAGUUUAAAUUAA